AUGGAUGUCAAAUUUUUAAAUGACGAGCUGACUGCUCUCCUAUCGCAACAUUUCCAAAUAGUCGCUACGCACUCUCAGCGUCAAGACCAAUGGUAUAAGCGGUCAUACCAGUCAUUUACCUCCCAGCACGGCGACCGCAAGCCAUUGAUCCUGGUUCCGCACACUUCCAAGGAGGAAUGGAUUCCUCAUUUACGCCAAUUCGCAUCGUCACUUGGAAAGAAAUUGGAGAUAGCCAGACGUGAGUCAAGGGCUUUUGACAACAUCCCCGAGUCUAAGCUGUUCUCGGAUAACGUUCUUGAUGAAGCACAUACAAGACCACUAUGUCUGGCUAUCACAGAUUCGAAACCAUUGUCACCAGAUAUGAUGCAAAUGUCUUGGUGGACAACAAAGAUUCAACACCCUGACGAUAAAGCACGACGCUUGAAGGGAAUCAAAGCACUCAUUGCCUGUGGGCAAGUGGACUCACUAAUCCGUCUUGCAUUAUUGCCCGGCGUGCAUCCAGAACAGGCCUCACAUAUCAAACCCUACCAAUGGGAGUCACUCAACAGCGGAUGGCAUACAGCUGUUGACAAGAUUAUCGUCAUCAUGCUGUUUCUUGGCAUCACGGGGACUUUUGCAGAAGACUUGGUAGAAAAAGAUGGUUACAAGUAUUGGGCACCGGUGGCAUUCUUCACUUACAAAUCACCCCUCACGGCCUAUAUCGACGCUUUCGGUGGUAAAAUACCCAGCAGCGAGCACGAAAGACGGCAACAAAUGACACAUUGCAUUGAGGCAUUGGUUGCAACACAGUCAUGGGCUUUGAGUACUGGCUAUACUAUCAACUGGGGCGAACGGAUCAUGGAUAAUUUCCUAUACAUGUUAGGUUUUGAGGCUUGGAAUCGGAGCAGAGAGGGUGAAGGAUAUCUCGGAUGUGAUUUGAACAAAACAAAGACUGCUAAGUCGCUUCAAGGAGUGGGCUACGAUGAGGAGGAUAUUUCAACAAAGUCUGAUGAGGGAAGCACGAAGAAGCCCAUCGACCCCCUCAAGUUGAGGGAUCCUAAGCGAGAGGCGGUACCGGAGCCUAUCGAGGAAGAAAGACGAGAGAUGGAUGCGCUCGCCGUGUUAGAAUCGAUCGAGGCAGACUAUGGGCGGAAACGAAGUACAAAAUACAUCAGCAAGAACAAAUGA